CCAACCACCAAUAUACAUUACACACUUACCAGUCACAAAUAUUGACGAAAUAACCAGACUUCAUAGAGCUCUGCAUCAUGUGGAAAAAGGAAAACUAAAAGUCCGGGAUGGCAAAUGGACCAGUCUUGUCCACAGCUAGUGGUGGGAAAGUUUACGUAGGGAGCGAAACCAGAGAUUCUCUCUCAAUUUUGGAUGUUCUCUAUGCAAAUCAGUUUGAAGGAGUGUAUUUUGAUCCAAUAGGUUUUGAGCAGACAGAGGAAGACUUUUAUAGAGGGGCCCCGCCAAAAUGGUUAAACUUUCAUAUUAGUGAACAAGCAAAGUCAAACAGCACCCAAACACCUCUUGUUGAACGAGAUGGGUAUUAUAAACUUGUGCAGCAAAUUCGCCAAAGAAGCCAAUCCCCUGGAAUAUCAACUGUUAAACUUUUUCACCAACAAGGAUGUGGAGGAACCACACUGGCCAUGCAGGUGUUGUGGGACUUGAGGAAAAGGUUCAGGUGUGCUGUUUUAACAGGUUCAACCUCAGACAUCACAAAUGUUGCAAAGGAGGUGGUCCACCUUUUCACAGCAGGGAGUCGAGGCCACCAGAACACUGUGCUGCUGUUACUGAAUGAUGAGGAGAUUCUGGAAAAUCUGCAAGACAGCAUUAUGAUGACGAUGGCUGAACAGGAAAUAGAUACCCCUAUGCCUGUGGUGAUUUUACUCAGCUGUGUUAGAAAAGAAGCAGUUCUACAGAGUGACCAUGUUGUCCUAGAAAGAGCACUCUCUGAAACAGAGAAGCAAAAAUUUAAUGAGAAAAAGGAAGAGCUCAGUAGUAGGUACAUUGAUAAAUACCAGGAAUUCCAUGGCUUUAACAUAAUACAAACUAAUUUCUCUCAAGCCUACGUCAGACAAGCAUGCAUGGUAUUCUCCGAAGUUCGAAGAGCAAACAGACCAUUGAAGAAUCAGCUUGCUGCCUUCUUAUCCCUGCUGAGUGCCUAUGUACCAGAUUCAUAUCUCCUGGAGUCUCAGUGCCUGGAUUUCUUCAAACAUGAUGACUCCAUCCAUGGACACCUUUCUCUGGAGGACAGAAUGCAGCCCUUCAGUCAUCUAAUCAUCACCUACCAACAAGAUAAAACAUCUGAGAGAAGAGUCCGCAUGGCUCACCCUAUGAUAGCACAGUGUUGUACUGAACUGAUGGCUGAGGCAGGUGUGACCAGAAGUGACACAGCAAGAAACCUCUUGACCCGUUUUUGCAGGGCUGAGUUUCCUCCAUAUUUGCUUGGUUUUGUCAAAUACAUGUUGACCAAAAGAGAAAUGAAAACAGAGGAGAAUCCAAUCGAUAACACAGAUAUUAAAGAGGACAGAGAAAAGUUUUCUAGACUGAUUCUAGAUAUUCAAGACACAGAGGACAGUGUUGAGAGUGCAUCAGUUUUAAAGUUGGCAUCAAAUAAAUUUGAGCAAAAUCCAUUUUUUCCUCAAGCACUUGCUCGUGUUUAUUACCUAGAACUGAAAGACUACAGUAAGGCUGAAAUAUGGGCAAAAAAAGCAAAAGAAAGAGAUUCCCACAAUUCACAUAUUGCUGAUACACUGGGCCAAGUCCAUAAGAACCAUCUGAAGAGCAAAAAAGAGUCUUCUGACAAUCAAACAGAAAUUUUGCAACUUGCGAAAAAGGCUAUUGAAGCUUUCAAAGAUGAAGAACGACUUGCUGAAAAUGACAUCGAAGGUGGGACAAAAGUCAGGACCAAAGUCUCACGUGUUUUUAACACCAGAGGGCAGCUUGGUUACCUGCAGGUUUGCAGUAUUCUGUAUGACCUUCUUGUCAGUCAGAAUAAAACCUGGAGAAGAGUUCUCACAAAGGAUGUGUCCAUGGACUCUGUCCUGGAAUCACUCGGAGACAACAAACUCCUCCGAUUUCAUGAUCUUAUAAAGAGCCUCAGAGAUGAGGUUGAAAGAAAAUGUGCAUUUCUUGACAAAUAUCUGGCGUACUCAAAGCCUUACAUGAAGAAAGAUGAUGACCAAUACAUCUCUGGGGUCACCUCAGAUUGCUACCGGAAGUAUGUUGGAGACACGACACCCUCACACAUGAAAGAAAAAUGUGCUGAUUUCAUCCAUAAACUCAAACAAAAUCUCGCUGACAGCUCUGCUAGAGUCGUCUCAUGUCUUGACAGAGAAUGCACUAAGUCAGUGCUUAAAGAAAUAACUACAUGGUGGGAAGAAAUCUAUACAAGUAAAGAUUCUUUAACAGCUCUGGUGAACUACAUUCUUGCUCACAUUAUGCUGUCAAAUGUAGGAGUAAAUUUCCCCCCCAAACACAAAUAUUUAACUACAUUCAGAAAACAAAUGCCCCUGAGCCCAACAGAAGAACCUGUGUUCCACAUGUUAGGCCUUCUCUUAAACUGGCCUGCAGACAGUGAAGACAAAAGUGUCCUUGACCUCAGUCAGUUAGUCCGGUAUAUGCACUUCUCUUACGAACAUGCAUAUAAGACGUACUUUCGAUCAAGGUACCUUCACCCACUGUUUUUCAUUGGAAAAGGUCGAGGUCUGAGCAGAAUUGUUCACAGAGAAGUCCUGGAGAGAUUAUUUCUUGGGCAAAACAAGGGAGCAAAACGAGAUUUGAGCAACUGGAACCAUGAGAAGAUUUUCCUAAAUCCCAUGGUUCAAGAGCACCUUCUCAGAGUUGAAGGGGUGGUACGAAACUACAGCGUGUUUGCAGCUAUUGGAGACAAUGAGAUUGAGGUGGAUGCGAACCUGAGAAACAGCCUCUGGAGGCCACGCCAAGUUUCCUUUUACCUUGGAUUUACCAUCAGAGGUCCUGUGGCCUUUGGCAUCCGGACCAAAACUGCAGAAAAGGGGCCCUCUGGAAGGUUGAAGCUUGGACCUCGGGGCAGAGAAACAGACUCCAGUGAUUGGACUACUGUGAAACCAGAGGUCAACGGGCUGCAUGAGGUUCAUACCUAUAGCCUCCAGUCUGAAGCAGGUCAGUAUGAAUGCAGUGUGUCUGCCCUGCGCUGGGUUUGUAAUAAAAAGGUCAGCUUCCAUUACCAGUUUCGCUCAUGGGAGGAACACAUGGCGGAACCUGCAUGCAUUGAUUACAUGCCAGCAGGACCCCUACUGGACAUCACAGUCACAGAUGGGAAACUGGAGGAGGUGCAUCUACCACACUGGAUAGACCACAGCUCCAAAAUUUCAGACUUGUUUUCAAUCCUACACGUGGACACCUGUGGCAAUUUUGUGGAACAAGUGUCAGAGGUGACAUCCUCCCACAUCAAGUUACUCCAGCCAACUUUCUCUCCACGGGGGGUUAUGAUCCGGAAAAAACUGGGCAUCUCCGUGAAGGUUUUCUAUGAUGUCUUAAUAUACAAGACAAAAAAGGAAUUCCUCACAUUGCAUGUUUACCUGGUCCCACCUGAUCGUGAUGUGAAACAGAAAGUGGAGAGAAAUGAGACGUCCUAUGGAUCAAUAAUGAUCCCAAAACCAAACCCAGACAAAUCUCUUGAGAUGCUGGAUCAUUUCUUCCUCACAACAGACAUGGACACUGCUGAAAUUCAGCCUGAUAAAUUAAAGCUAAGAUAUGAGAGGAGAAAUUUCUUUGAGGUCUUCAUCAGAAAUGCAGACAGUGACUUCAGUCUAAAGCUUCAGAGUAAGCAAAAUAAAAAUAAUGAACAUGACACUGUCUGGACCUGCACUAUUCGACAAGGAGACUACCAAAAUCAAAAGCACUGA